GUUCCGAGUGAUCCGGGCGUUUCACCUUCUAUUUGCGGUUCUGCCCUUCAACAAGUAUGAGAGGGCAGGGUGGUUCAGGUGAUCCGACUAGAGGUCGGGGACGUCGGGGUAACCCAGCUAGAGGUCGUGGUCGGGGUAACCCGGCUGUGCGUGCCCCUAUUGAGGACGUCCCUGUUCAGGGUCAGCAGCAGGAGGUGGAGGCGGCACCCCCUGUUCAGGCCCGACAGCCAGGAGAGCCCCCUGCAGAGCUGGAUGACCAGGGGAGGGCACUGUGUUUUCCAGACGCCAGCAGGGAGAGGCUGUUGCACUCUGGACCAAUCUCCCGGUCUAUGCGGGAGAUCUUUAGAAAGUGCUGGUUCGAGAAUGGAUAUCGAGGGCGUUAACAAGAAGCGUCGUGUCUACGGAUUGGGUUCAGCGACUAGUGCGUACGUGGAUACGACGACGUCUAGUAGGACGAGGACCAGGUCCACACAGUCACAAUGAACUGAGGAGGAGAUCGAGCGGCGUGUGCGGGCGGGGAUCCAGGACGGACUGCGCCAGAUUACCACUGAGGUGGAGGAUCUCCGUGCGCAGCAGGCGAGAGCCAAUGAGAGGAUGGCCGAGAUUAUUCAGACUGAGAUGGCGAAGUUGAUGCAGACUCUUCCUCCGCAGUAUCGCCCACCCCCACCCCCAGGUCCUUCAGACGAUGACGACACUCCGACUUUGUAGUGUCAUGUUUGCGUUUCUGACAUUUUAUAUUUUGUCACUUUAUACAUUUUGUAUUUUUUUGCUUUAUACAUUUUGUUGCGUUAUGUAAAAUAUAAUAUGUUUUUAUA